AUGGUGAUUCGCGUCCAUUAUUCUGUUUUCAACGAGGCUCAUACAGUACUAGAAAAACACUUGGACGCUCAACUACGGCACCACGUAGGCUGA